CGACAGUUUGCUGCAGGCAUUUCGGAGUGAAAGAGUGUGUGAGUGCGCGGUCCUGACGUUUUUCGCCACGAUCAGCGGUUGCGUAUUCGGUACGUGAUGCCGGCAGCGCAUCUAACGCUGCGUGAGGAGGACGUGGUGCGACUUACAUUGGAGUUCUUGCAUGGACGAGACCUUCACAUAUCCCAAUUAUCCUUGGAACGUGAGACUGGAGUGAUAAAUGGCCAGUACAGCGAUGAUGUUCUGUUUCUUCGUCAACUUAUUCUCGAUGGUCAGUGGGAUGAUGUAUUGGAGUUCAUUCAACCAUUGGAAGCGUUACCUGAUUUUGAUAUGAGAAAAUUUACUUAUUCAAUAUUGAGACAUAAAUACGUUGAAUUAUUAUGCAUUAAAUCAGAGGCAAAUGUAAUAAUCACUGGUACUAAUGGAAGUGUUGAUAAUGCUGUUGAGGAAGUUGUCAAAGUACUCAGCGAUUUGGAAAAAGUUGCACCAACAAAAGAUGAAUACAGUAGUUUAUGUUUACUAUUAACAUUACCACGUCUCACCGAUCAUUUACAAUAUAAAGACUGGAAUCCAAGUAAUGCACGAGUUCAAUGCUUUCGUGAGGUGCAUCCACUUGUUGAGAAAUUUUUACCUGGCGAUCGAAAAAGUUCUGAUCCAUUACAUCCGGUGACGUCGGCAAAAAAUGAUAGACUUAUUCAAUUGAUUAUUAAGGGAAUUCUUUAUGAAUCGUGUGUUAAUUAUUGUCAGGCGAAAGCUACUGGAUCCAAAGAAAGUGAACAGAUUGAAAUGAGUUUCUCGAGGCUAUUGGAUGGCUCAGUGGGAUUUAGCGAUUCGGAUCUUAGUUUAUUGUCAUGGUUGCAGAGUAUUCCAUCGGAGACGUUUGCCGUUCCAUUUGCUCAACGAACAUUAAAUGUUGAUGUUGAGCGGUUAGAGAGACCUUCGUUAGAGACUUCGUGGACUGAACAUAUGUUAAUUACGCCAAUUAAACCAAAAACUUUUCCUCAUAGUGCAAUGCCCUUUACAAGGCCAAGAUCAGCGGCUGAUAUGAUGUCAAGGAGUUUAGUUCCAGCAUUGGAGGCUGGUUUGAUGGGACCAAGAAGCCCUGGUCCAAGGAGUACAAUGAUUCCAUCGGCUGCAUUAAUGGCAUUAUCGACAGGUGAUAUUAAUCCAAUGUCAAGAUCAUCAUUUGCCAGCUUUCAUCUCACUGGAUUUAAAAAUAAUAAAUUAAUGAACACAAGUGUUGAUCGUUUAUUUGAAAAUGAGGGCGAUGUCUUUCUUAGUUCGAGUUAUGCGGAAUUUCAACAAUUACCCUCAAUUCAAGAGGCGAUUAAUUCAACGCAACCCAAAGCGACACAACUCAAAGCACGAGCCAGUUCCAAAAGUCCCGAUGGUGUCAAGAUAAAUCCAUCGGCGGCAUCUACACCUGAACGAAGAAUGCCUGGUCGAGAGUCACCUGCAUUAUCGACUGCAAGAAGCUCAAGGAGGGAUUCCUUAACAGAUAAACCAGUGGGUGUUACAACUAAAGUCACUGAUGCUGCAAUUAAUCAUCCAAUAUCAUCUGGAGACAAUUUAGAGCAAAGUUACAAUGGCGAUCUUUUUAAAGAAUAUCAAAAACAAAAGCAAAGGCUUCAAGAAACGAUACAACAAAAGGAAAGGGAGAGGGAUGAACUUGUUAGACAAUUAUCAGCACCUGUUGCUUCUCAAAUUAUCGACAAUCGAUUGCACAAUGAAAACAUAAAACAACCCCUAGGAAAUAAAGGACCAUCACCUGUGCAUACCGGCACGCCAGCUAGAUCCGGUAUUCAGUCACCCAAACCAACAAUCAAUGGAUCAGACUCAGUCACGAAGCAGAAUUCAACAUCAUCAAACAUAUACGACUCAAGAAUUUCAGAAGGGAACUACGACAUCGUGAAACCAGUUAAGCAGGAACCAAGACCGGAUUUGGAUGUGAGUAACGGAAGUAGCAAUGGGGGUCGACCGAGAUUUAUUCCAGUUACCGCACUCGAAGAUGUUCAAGCCGUUCGCUGUGCUGAAUUUCAUCCCCAUGGAAAACUCUAUGCAGUUGGAUCUAAUUCGAAAACCCUUAGAAUAUGCGCUUAUCCAAAACUCAGCGAUGUUCGGGAAGAUCAUCAGACAUACCAACCAACAGUUCUUUUUAAAAGAACAAAACAUCACAAAGGCUCGAUUUAUUGUUUGGCUUGGACACCAGAUGGUCAUUUAAUGGCAACAGGAAGUAAUGACAAAACAGUGAAAUUAAUGCGCUUUAAUGCUGAUACCUCAAAUCUAGAAGGCCAAGAAGUGGAAUUGUCAAUGCAUGACGGAACAGUUCGUGAUCUUUGUUUUCUUGAGGACACAUCAAAUAAAUCUAGUCUCCUUAUUAGUGGAGGAGCUGGAGAUUGUAAAAUUUAUGUAACCGAUUGCGCAACGGGAACACCAUUCCAAGCAUUGAGCGGUCACAGUGGACAUGUUUUGUCCCUUUAUAAUUGGGGUGGUGCAAUGUUUGUCAGUGGUGGUCAGGAUAAAACAGUGAGAUUUUGGGAUCUCAGGACGAGAGGCUGCGUUAAUAUGGUUACACCAGCAACUGUACCUGGUAGCAAGGUUGGCAGUGCAGCAGCUGCUGUUUGCGUGGAUCCUUCAGGACGGCUUUUAGUCUCUGGUCACGAGGACAGUAGUUGUGUACUUUUCGAUAUUCGCGGUGGAAGAACUGUUCAAUGUUUCAAACCUCAUUCCUCGGAUAUCAGAAGUAUACGUUUCUCACCCUCAGCCUAUUAUCUUCUAACUGGAGGAUAUGAUAAUAAACUUGUCCUAACGGAUCUACAGGGUGACUUGACGAUGCCACUACCAAGUGUUGUUGUUGCUCAACAUCAGGAUAAAGUAAUUUCUGGACGUUGGCAUCCAACAGAAUUCUCAUUCCUGAGUACCUCUGCUGAUAAAACGGCAACUCUUUGGGCUUUACCACCAAUUUAGAUCAAAUGCUCUCUUUCCAUCUCUUUCUAUUGAGAUUUUAAUUGCUUUCAGAAAUUUCCCUUAUUUAUUGUUUUUCAUUCUCGUUGAAUAAUUAUUUCGAGGAACGUUUAAUUAUAAAAUAUAAAAAAAAAUUAAUUAAUCAGUUAAACCAAAAUUUAAUGUAACUAAUUGAUUUGAUAAUUUAAUUAUUUAAAUUGAUUUCAUUACAUUAUAAAAAUGUUUUUUUUUUUAAAGAAUAUUUUCUAUUGGUUAUUUAAUUAUUUUCUAUUCCUAUAAUUAAAAAGUAAAAUAAUAUUAAAAACUUUGGCAAUUUUUUGUAAAAAAAUUUCACAAAGACAUUUUCUUUAUUGAUCCUCGAAUAUUAAAUUCACCGAUGAAACCUUAUUAAUCUCCCCCCAUAUUCGCGCAUUAAAUAACUAUAAUCAACAAAGUAUAUUUAUAUUCUUUAAAUUUACUUGAUGAUUUUAAUACAAGCCUUACUGUAUUUACUUUGUUAACCGUUUUUUAAUGUUUUUUUUAGUCUCGACACCGUUCAAAAAAAAAAAAAGAAAAACAAUAAAGUGUUGGAUUCUAAUUGUAAAAACGUGAAAUAUUAAGGGCCAUCGUUUAUCUCAUUGUAAUUUCUAUUAUAUACAAUUGAGAAAUUGUGCCUAAAUGGCAGGGACCGAAUAUAUGAAAAAAAACUAAUUGGCUAAUUCUAUUUUUACGUGUUUUUAAACACGGAGCGAUAAGUACUUGUACCUUGAUAUUUUAUUCUCAUUUUUUUUUAAUUUUUAUUUAAUUAAUGUAAACUUUGUCUUGAUUGUGUAUUGUAAAUAUGUUAUAACGCGAAAAAUUCAAGAAAACACAAUCGUGACAGUCAGCAUUAAAGACAAUUAUAUUUUAGUCGCUCUCUUUUUUUUUAUUCGAUAAUCGUCGGAUAAAAUAAUUUUUAUUUUCUAAUUGUGUUUUUAAUUCAUAUUUCAAAAUAAUAAUAAUUAUUAUUAUUAUUAUUGUCGCGAAGAAUUAUUUCGAUAUAAUAUUUUCUUUACGAACAACAACAAAAAAAUGUUUCCACGAUAAAUUAUUUAGAAAAUUAAUUGAACAUUGUGUCAAUAGGUUUUUUUUUUUGUUUCUAACACAUAAACGUUCAGACAAUGGAUCCAAUUCAUUAUUCGAAUUAAUUUUCAAAUAUUAUAAUUGUGGAAAUCGUGCUGAAGCGUUUUACUUCCAAAACUUCAUUUACCAAUUUUACGAGUCACGCCAAAUAUCUAUAAAUAUACAUAGAAAGUAUUUAUAUAUUGUAGGUAGUGCGCAUAGAUUCAAAGCUAACGUACAUGAAAAUUAAUUAAUAUACGUCGCACACUGCGUGAUAAUCUGUUGUUGUCAUUUUAUGAGAAAACAAAAAUUAAAAAAAAUAAAAAAGAAAAUUAUCCCAAAACAAUUAAAAGAGUCUGAUUUCGAAAAUAAAAAAGUGUCGAAAAAAAAAUUGUUGAGAUUAAUUGUUUAUAGUUUACUUCGAUGUUAAGUUUUUUUUCUAAAAUAAAAAAAAGGAAGGAAAAUAAAAUGCGAGUUUGUAUUUUUUAUCUGUAUUACACUAUAUAAGAUGAUUAAGAUCGAUUAUUAUUGUAGAUUUAAGGCACGCAGAUACUUCGCUCGUGGCAACAAGUGAUUGUGAAUUUAAAAAUAAUUCUACGCACUUGAACUGAACAAUAUUCAUUAACAAUUUUACGUUAAAAUUGUUGUCUCAUUAAUUAAUAAAUAAUACCAAAAAAAACAACAAAUAUCUAAUAAUUAUAAAAAAUUAUUUUCGUCAAAUGAGUAUUAAAAAAAAAUCUAAGACGAAAAGAAAUUCAAACCGCACAAUUGAAUUGAAAAAUAAAUGGACUGAUUAAAUUUAUG